AAAGAAACAAUGAUUUCCCUUUUUAUGCUACCAAACUCGACAUCUGGGUAUGCUGCGAAAGUGCACUGGGUAUAUAUAGCCAAUCCUGACGUCAGCCAGAAAACAUGUGUACAAACAAUAUUUUUAUGUCGUGUUAUUGGACAAUAUGCAAGGUGAUUGUUUUCUCAUUUUUUUCCCUUCAACUUAUUGCAGACGUAUUCUAGCUGUACCUUCGAUUCGAAGGUAGAAACUUGUAUUUUAUUUGCAUUCAAUCAUAUCCCUUACCCCCCCCCCCCCUUUUGCAGCACUAUAGAGCCAGGGACCUAUAAACUAACUAUAUAGGUCCCUGAUAGAGCUAUCGACUACAGGCCCGUAGGAAGCAAUUUCAGUUGGGGGGGGGGGGGCACAACCAAACAUUUUUCAGUUGACAGUUGAUCGAGGGCACUACCAAAAAUUUCCUGACAAGCAAAAGAAAAAAUAAAUAAAUAAAAAAAGAUCAUCAAACGUUUUUAUUGAGGGGACACGGGCAUAUAGUAUCUACGUUUACUACAGUAAUCUAUAUAUCGGCAAAAUUAUUGGGGGGCGGGGGCACCCCCCCCCCCCCGGGUUCCUACGGCCAUGGACUUAGCAAGAAAUAGAACUGAUCGAGAAACCCCCGGCGCUAGCUUACUAUCUUUUUGAAAAGAUAUGCUUGUAUAUGGCUUGGCAGUUUUGUCAAACAGAUUCACAACUAUACGAAACACAUUUUUGGUACAAAUUGCUGAGGAGUCUGAUUGGAACUCUUCUGUACUGAAGAAUAAAAGCGUCAUAACAUGUGCGCGGGAAAAAUGGUGCCCGGGGAAAUGUCAAUAUGAAAACCGUUAUUUUAUGACCUUGUUUCAUUGUACCAAAAGUUUAUAGAAAAUGUCCUUCAAUAGAGGGCGAAAAAAGAGGAAGGAGAGUGGACUGAGAAGAAUAUUUGAGCGUUCAGUGAAAGAGCUUAAGACAGAAGCACACAAUGAGGAUGAAGAAUGGCCAUCUCUGCCUACAGUUUCCCAAACUCUGCAUUCUGUUCCUGAUGUCUUGAAACAGGACAGUAAAAAAACAGAUGAUAUGAGCAAUGAGGUGCAAUUGGAGGAGCAGAAAUCUGUCCCAGAAAUGGCCAAAGAUAUGAAAAGUCCAUCUGAAGAUGAACCCAAGUCAGAUGACCUUCAUAAGAAGUGUCAGAUUAUCAAUGAAAAUUUAACUUCUUCUUGCACUAAUUUACAGCAAAAAGACAAUUUCUUAACUUCUUUUACACAAAGAGAACAUAUUAAUUUCCCAGUGAUAGAAGAGACGGAAAGUACAAGUGACAACCAGAGUAGCAAAACAUUGUCAAAGAACAGUGAUAAAAGAGAGAGGGAAAAACCAAAAGGAACUAGAAAGAGUCGACAUAUGUUAAAGGAAAACACCGAAAGAAGAAUGACAUCAGAGACAAAGAGCAGUAGAAGCAACCAAUUAAUGAAUGAAAGGCAUAUUAGUAGCAUGACUAGGGCAAGUGAGAUUAGAGGCCCAGUAAACAGAGGAAGAGGUUCUGAUAGCAGGGGCAAGGGAGAGAGGGAGAGACUUAAGACUGGAGAUCAAAGGCUAAAUGGAACUAGUAAGAAAAGAAAAGAAUCUAAAGUUGUUAGGCCAGAAACUUCCAGAUUAUCAACAACUGAGAGUGAAGAUGACAAAUGGCAUCAUAGAGAUAAGCAGGAAUGUGGUGUUGUGGAAGAUUGGAUGAAUGACCUCCUUGAUGUUCCUAAUUUAGAUCCAACCAAAAUUAUAAUUCCAAGAGAAAAUGUUUUACAGGGUGGUACAUUGUAUGAAGAACGCUCCCAAAGAAUAGAAGGAAAACAUAAAACAAUUCAUGAGAAAAGCAAUCAGUUAGAAAGUGUACAGGCAUCUGGAAAUUCCAUGGAUGACAGAAGCAAUCCUGACAGCUGUAAAGAACAUAUUUCUGACAUAACAGGUGGAAUUAGCACUGAUGUUAAAAAUAGGAAUCAGGGUUUUGAUUCAGAUUUACAUUUUGAAGAAGAAUGGGAAUGUCAAGAAGUACCAAGUGUGACAAUGAAAUUUGUAGAGGAGGACACAUUUUUUUCUUCAGCAAAAACUGACCUAGAAUUUACUGAAAGUGUGUUAGAAACUAUUGAAGAAGAGGGAGGUACCUUAUGCAAAGAGAUGAAUGCUCAAGGAAAAGACAAACAAAUUUAUGACUUGUGUAAGACUGAGACAGAAGAUGAUGAUGAACUAUUAGGAAAUGCCAAGGAUAAGCCCAUGUUUGGGAAGAUAGAUCAGACAUUGCAGGAAAACAGACAGGGGGAAUUGUCUUCACAAACAGAAAGUGAAGAUAGCCUGAGUGUAAUGUCUAGUAAAAAUACACAAGGUGAGGAGAGCAUUUUUACUGAAGAUAGAUAUUGUAAGAAUAUCAUUUACAUGGAAACAAAUAGUAUUGGAGGAAAAAUCUCCACAAAAGACCAAAAUAAGCGAUGUGAAGAGGAUUGUAACAAGGAUUCCAGUGAAAGCCUAGCUUCAUCUGUGAGCUCUAAACCAAUGGUAUCUUCUGUUGAAGAUUGGAGUAGUGAGUAUCUAGAUAGUGAAGAUCAUUCCAACACUUACCACAAAAUUCUGCAGGAUAAAAUUGCUGCACUAAAGAGCAGGAUACCUAUGAAAAUGAGUACUAGUCUUAAAGGGCAAGAAAGAGAAUUUGGGAGUAGAGGUAAACACAGGCAGAGGGAUAGUCCCUUUCAGUCUUAUCUUAAGACGAUUCACUUCGAGGAUGGAACAAGCAUUGAUCAAAAUAAUAAUGCAGACUUUUGUACUAUAACUGGUGCAGAAUUGAAAGAGUAUGUUAAUACAGUACAAAAAACAGGAGGGAACAAGACCGGUGCUCAAACUGGAGAAAGUUUCCUUGCAAAGAAAAUGGAGGAAGGUCAUCAUUCUUCAGUAUGCACCAAAAGAAGUUCUGGAGUAGAGAAUAAGUGGCCCAGUAGACCUCCAGGGUUCAUUAUCAAUCUUCCUUCUCAUUCAUUGGAUGAAACUGAACAAGUCAAAUUAUCACCAGUUGCGCUGUUCCAUGAAAACAUCGAAAAUACCAUGGAAACAUUAGGGAAAUGUGAAAAGCUACAUGGUAGUAUUUCUAAGGAGCACAAAGGAGAGAGCAAGGUAGAAGUGUCUAGUUUGUCUGCUACUUUCCAUGGCCUGGAUUUGGAUUCCACUUUUGAGGGAAAAAAGGUUAUUAAAGAUGCAGAGAAUUUGGAUGAUCUUAAAAAUGUCAGAGAAAACUGGGAAAACAGUCUGUAUGAUAUAGAUACCAUGGAUUUGCAUGUCUCAGGUAAACAAAUAUCAGAUGUAGCAGUUGUUCCAGAUACUAAUGUUGAAGGAGAGUUUUGUAAAGAGUCCGUUGUGGAGCAUUGUGUCCCAGAAGAACAAGAGACUCUGGAUUCCAGCAUGGAAAGCUUAAGUUUUCCACAUUUCUCCAACAAUAUUUGUGAUUCCCAGAAUACACUUAAUGGAAUACCAACAAUAUCUGAAUAUGAGAACAGUGUGAAGGAUGAGGACUUGGUAUCUCAAUUUGAAGACUCUCUGGAGGAUAUAGGGCAGCAGAGGCCUCCUCAGAGUGUGUUUAUUCCUAAUGAGGAAACUUCAUCCAGCUGCAGCAAAAGCAGCAGAAAAAAUUAUGAACAUUUCCAAAAGGCACCUGCACGACUUGAGGAGAAGAGAUCAGAGAAUAGAAAGAAAGCAUUAGAGAGAAGAAAGGAUCCUAGAAAUGGAUUGAAAUGUCAUUGCCCUGCAGACUGUGUUCAGUUCUGGAUGUGGAGAAGCUGUCUGUGUCAGGAUCCAUAUUUGUACAGCAUACAGAGUGCGACUAAUGGGCAUCCAGCAAAAAACUUGAUCUCCUAUGGACCAUAUGAAGAAAUGAGACCUAGAUCUAAUGCAGAGUCUUUUACACCAGAUGAAUCGGGAAAAGUUUUGGAGGAGGAUAUUAAUAGUGGACAAACUUUACAACAGAAAGAAAAUGUUAUCAGAAGUAGAGACUUGAGCAGCGACAACACACCUUCACCAUACAUGUCAGGAGAAUUAGGAACAUUAAGGACUGCAGAUAUAUCCAACAGAAGACAAGGUGAAUGUAGUGGUCUUGAUCAGAAUAACAGCAGUAAUGGAGCAGACGACAACGAAAGUCUGGAACUUUCUGAUGGAGACUCGAGUGACAGGUGCUCAGUGGACAGUCCAGUCAGUGAAGAAGCAGAUGUCUCUGAAUGCAGUGCAGAAGGAGAACAAGAGGACUCUCUACCUUACCAGUACUUGGCUUCCUAUCGUCCGGUGGUGAAUUACAUGGGUUACCCUCCAGGCUACAGCUUCUACCCUACAUAUCCUGCAGCUUAUCCUGGGACACAGGCAGGUCUAGGAAGGAGGUAUCCUGGGCCAUACCCAGACCUUUAUGAACCUUAUCCUCCUGCUUUCAUGAGUGGCAGAUAUAGCAGACAGCAAUGUGUGGAUGGACAAAUGUAUCCUGAUCAUCCAGGAUAUCUGCCAGCAAUGUUCUAUCCUCAGUUUAUGAUGGUCAAUGGAUGGAGGGAAGCGAGUUUGCAUCAUGGUGAACCUCACCUUGGUUUCAUUCCUAGAUACAUAUAUCCAUCAUCACAUAAAGGUCAUGAGAGCUCAAUAGGAAGGUGCAGAAGAGAGUCAGAAUCUCAUGGAUCUAAUAGUAGAGAUGUAGGACAUGGUAGCCUAGGAGAAGAUGCUGGACAUCACCACAAUAUUCCUGAAUGUCAUCAUAGUAUGAAGAAAAAACCUAAAGAUGCAGUUGGUAGAGAUGUAAGUAAAAUUAGCUCCACCCUAAAUGAAGAGUCACCAAAUAAGAAUUUGUAUAUUCCUCCUCAUAAGAGAGUCCCAAACAUGCAUGGACAGUCUGUAGCCAGGGAAAACAGACCUACAAACAAUAGAGACAUUAGUCCCCCAUCAGUAUUCCUGUAUCCAGGAGAGACAUCUAGAACCUGGAGAGAAGAAAGAAGUCACCUGGAUGGUUCAGUAGAUAAAGGAAGUAGUGAAGUGUCAUAUUGGAGAACACAACAGAAUAGGAUGCUUUCAUGUCCCACAACUUGGGAGUGUAAUUCCAAUGCACAAAAUUUAAGUAGAUCAUUUGCUUCAAUGUAUUAUGAAUCACACCAACAGCAAGAUGGCCAGGGACGACGUACUCCAACAGAAAUGAGUCAGGGUGCUUCAGAGGAUGAGCCCUCGGGAUGUGAUUUAUUUUUGGCAUCCAGCUCAGAAGAUUCAACCCCGACAUCUAGGCCCUACAGGUUUGAUAAUCAAAACCAGAACAUUGACAAAUAUCCUGACACUGUUACAUUGGACUGGAAGUCUGCCUUCCUGGAGAGAUGUAAUAUCUAUGGUGUGGGCUAUAUAGAUUCACACUGUCACAUUGACUUUCUUUUCAACAGGCUUGAUUUUAAAGGCAACUGGUCUGAUUUUAAAGUGCAGAACAUGAAAACAUUCCCUUCUAGUUACCUGGGAUGUGUAGCAGUUUUCUGUAAUCCAAACAGUUUUAAACAAGAGGGACUCUGGAAGAGUUUAAGUAAAGAGGAAAAUGUGUGGUUAACAUUUGGUUGUCAUCCGAAAAAUGCACGUGACUUCACCAAAUGGAAUUUGGAAGGGCUGAGAAAGUGUCUGGGAAAUCACCGGGUAGUGGCAUUGGGGGAAAUAGGCUUGGAUUACUCUGGAGUAUUUGUUGAGACUAAAGAGCUCCAGAAAUCAGUAUUUAAGAAACAGAUUAGAAUGGCAUUGGACAUGAGGAAGCCCCUGGUAAUCCACUGUAGGGAGGCAGAAGAGGACUGUUUAGACAUCCUGAGACAGAUGGUUCCUAGACACUACAAAAUCCAUUGUCAUUGCUUCACUGGAGAUUUCACAUCUGCCAAACUUUGGCUGAAUCACUUCCCCAAUCUGUACAUAGGCCUUACUCCCCUGGUUACAUACAGAACAGCAAAGGGUGCUCGUGAUGUCGCCAAGUUCAUCCCUCUUAAAAGGUUACUGCUAGAGAGUGAUGCACCUUACUUUGUUCCAAGAACUAUUCCAAAGGAGUCCAUGAAUUAUUCUCACCCAGGUCUGUGUGUCACAGUAGCAGAGGAAGUGGCUCGACUCAAAAACAUUUCUGUACAAGAAGUUCUUAAAGCCUGCCUAGAGAACACCAGAGACAUGUACAACAUCUAACUCAACAACUAGUUAACUGUAAAUGAUAAAAAACAGUCAAUAGACAGCAAAUUAUUAGUAUACACUGGAUGAAUUCAUAUGAAUCUGAAUUGUGUUUGUACACCAGAUAAAGUGAAAUAUGUUCUAUCAUUGUACAUGUACAUGCUCUUCAUUUGUUAGUUUAUUAAUAAAGUCUAGGU